UUUCUGUUUAAGAGUGACUGUGAAGAUGGGUCAGCGCCUUAUCAGUGGACGAUUAUUGAUGAUGAUUGCGCUGUGCUGCCAGUUUUUGAAGGAAAAAUAACAGCGGAAUGUCGAAGCUAUUCCGAAUCCGAUUAA